UAUAAAAUUGCAAUACUGCAUAAAAAUGCAUUUCGGACAAAUUCUUUUUUAGAUGUCGAAUAGUACCUUCAGUUAAAUUAUUGCGUUGAUCGGAACACAAUCGAAAACAGCUGUUUCUUUUUAUGUAUCUGGCAACAUUUUUGAACUUAACCUUGACAUUUGAAGUAAACAAAAUUGACAUUGACAUGAAAAGAAUAUAUUGUCAAGUCAAUGUUUCACGAAUUUAUCAGUUAAAAAUAAAGAAAUAUGGAAAGCCUUUGCUUAGUAUGUUUAAGUAAUGAUCGAAAAUUAUUUCGCAUGUCGACACAAUUGGCAGGAAUUAUGGAUAUGAUACUACCAGAAAUUAAAAUAUCGAAGUUAUGUUGGGAAUGCUUGGCGAGUUUAAAACAUUUAUUAAAGUUAAGAAAAAGGGCCUUGCACUCUAAAGAUAUAUUGGAUAAACAUUUUAAGGUAAAUAAAACACCAUUAUCUGUCCAAAGCAGUUCAAAUUUGGGCUCCUGUUAUAUAUUUACAUUUUCACUUGGGGAUAAUCAAAUAAUUGAAGAAACAAAUGUUGCUAAAAAAGAACUAAAGUUACCUGGCAACCCUGAUCUACAGAUUAACAAAGAAUUAGGCAAAAGUGAUUUAGGGUUGUCCAAAAAUGUAUCAGAUAGAGAAUUGAAAGACAAAAUUAGUGUUGAUACUUUAAAGAAUUCAGUUAAGAGUACAAAAAAGAAAGUAAGAAGUAAAAAGAAGAGAGUACCAAACAAACAAUACAAUUGCAGAGAAUGUAAGGAAAAAUUUGAAAGCAGAGGUAAAUAUGAAUACCAUAGACAGAAGCAUCGCGGCAAAGUGACAUGUUCAGUGUGCAAUAGAGACUUCUCCUGUCGCAGUUCUCUGUCUACCCACCAAACAACAGUACAUAAUACAACUCCUAAAGAAAACAUUUUCAGACACUACUGUCAGCCGUGUGAGAAAUUCUUCAAAACAAGUAGUAGUUACAGCAAACAUUUGCGUAUUUCAGCACGACAUAUAGAUCCACAAUUACUACGUUAUUGCUGUCCUACUUGUGGUAAAGGAUUUCUAACGUGUAAAGAAAGAGAUAGACAUAAUGAGACAGUACAUCUUCAAAAGAACAGGCUGAAAUGUACGCGAUGUCCGCGACAGUACUGCAGUGUCCGAGCUUUGCGGUGUCAUAUGAGACGCCAUGUUGGUGGUAUCACCAAACGGGACUAUGUAUGCGAAAUAUGUGGCAUUGGCUUCAAGUCCGGACAAGUUUUGAAAGGACAUCAAAGAGUGCAUGAAAAGGAGAAAUCUCAAGAAAAAUAACAUUAUUGUAGAAACAAAUUUAACAUUAAAUA